AUGGGUGUCUUCACUGCUUCAGUGCUUGCCACAACUGGGAACACUGAACCGAAUGUGCGAGACGAAUCCUUACGCGUCUCCUUCGGUGUUGGAGCUCAUGAGCCUAGCCAGCUCUCUACGCUUCUGCUCUACCGCGUGGACUUCAUCGUCGCCGUUAGCGAUUACAGUCAUACUUUCGGCAAUCUCGUCGCUUUAUCAAUCAGCCAUGUGACACUCCUAGACUCACCUUCUAAGGGAUACUUGGAUAUCGCAGGUGCACUGGCUAACGCCUCUCGGCUGAAGAGACUCGAGGUACACCAAAUCGAAUUCGUUCAACGCCUUCCGCAAUCUGGAUCAUUCUCAACGUCAAGUUAUCUGUGCGAGCUAGACGUCUCUGGGCAUAUCUCCAACGAUAGCGUCGAGUUCCUUUCGCGCUUUGUCCCUUCGCUCGAAGUGCACUUGAACCUGUCAGCGGAGAUAGAAAACUAUCGCGAUCGCACCUCCCCACGUUAUUGGGAACGUGCCAUCAGCUCUUGGUCGACAGCACUGAAUGGACCAGCUCGAGUUUCCCUACGAACCCGUAAAGACGGGUCAUCGUCCGUUGCCAAACCCAGAGCGUACCUCGAUCUCUGGUCCUCCUCCCUCAAGAAAGGGGAUGGUGUACCAUACAUAUCUUUCCAAUCCGAUAUCAGCAAAUACAUGACAUACCAACACUUACUUCAGCACGUCGGCACCAAUUACCGCACUCUGCACACACUUGAGCUUCAACUUGUGGACUCAUAUCGACUAUCUUCUCUUCCCGACGAUGAUGGAGGCGCCCUUGUUCAGUUACCAUACCUAAGCCGCGUAAUCGUGGCCGAUCCGGCAGAGGAUGUGCGCACUUGUGACGUCUAUGGUCUAUACCAGCUCCUGUGCGAUAUCUUCGAUCACUCAGGGCCACUGAAAACUCUCACGGCACCGAUGUCGGUCGUCGCUGCUCUAGAAGCAGUUGGAUCAACCACGCGCGACGCCGCCUUGCCAUACGAGCAAGAUACCUCACUCUCGUUGGGAGAACUCGUGUCCGAUGUCGACGUUAUGCCCCGCUCCGCGUGA